AUGGACGAAAAACACCUCAAUCGAAUAAUCCAAGAAGGCGACUUAGAAUCCCUUGAAAAGGAACUUAGGAAUGAUCUGAGUGUUGAUUUCACAUUUCAAGAGUCGUGUUCCAGUAGUGACAGCAGAGGAUACACUUUGCUUGACCUUGCCGUGGCUACUCGACGAAAAGAAGUCGUUCAAUUUCUUGUGGACCGUGGAGCUGACGUCAGAAGAAUGCGCAACUGGCCAGGGGCUACGAAAGAAUUGAUUGCUUCUUUUUCGCUGCAGAACACCUGUAUGUACCCCUGUCUCGUUCGCGCGGAUGUGGAAAUAGCGAGCAUCCUCGUGAAAGCAGGUUUUGAUGUUAACCUACAAGACAUGCGACAGUGCUCCUCGCUUUGGCAUGCGGUUGAUUCCGGAAACUGCGAAAUGGUAGACGCUGUACUCUGUUCACCAACCGUCAACGUUGAUUUACACGACAUGACUUAUUUACACCCCCUUCAUGUGGCUGCUCUUCACGGAUAUAGCAAAAUCGUCACAUCUCUUCUUCAAAAGGGAGCAAAUGCAAACGCCAUGCAUGUGUUUGGAAACACCCCUCUUAUUUUGGCAUCGAAAAACAAUUCUUACGACUCAUUGAGGUCUGCCGCCGUCACCAACGCUGGACACUCCAUUUUUGGCGGUUGCAGUGCCAUGUUUAUGGCCUUUGCAGGUGGCGCUUUCGUUGCAGCCCAACUCCAAAGGAAAAAUACCACUAUUCUGGAAUAA